CUUACAUGGUACCAGGAGUGGGGUUAAAAGAAGCAACACAAUGGAUGCAGUAAAACCGCCAGGUCAGUUAAAACUAACUGGAAACGUAGAUGCAAGUUGGAGGACAUUCAAGCAGCAGUUCCUGCUGUACAUCGCCGCGGUCGGAGUGGAUCGAAGAGCGGAGGGAAGAAAAAUAGCAAUGCUGCUCACCAUCGCCGGCCCAGAGGCAAUUGAAGUCUUCAACACCUUUGUGUUUGCUCAACCCGAAGACGGAGAGAACUUUGAAGAGGUCUUAAAGAAAUUUGACGAGCAUUGCAUGUCAAAGAAGAAUGAAACGUACGAGAGAUACGUAUUCCGCUCACGUGUGCAGCGCCAGGGUGAGUCAUUUGAUAAUUUUCUCACCGACCUGAAGAUCAAAGCUCAGUCCUGUAAUUUUGGAGAACUCAGAGACUCUAUGAUAAGAGAUCAAAUAGUUUUUGGAACAAAUGAAAAGAAGCUCCGGGAGAAAAUGUUGAGGGAGACAGACCUCACAUUUAGCGGUGCCAUAAAAAUAUGUCAAGCCAGUGAGCUUGCUCGACAACAAGUACUGACUUUCAGGGAGCCUGCUCACGGAGCUGCGCACCAAGAUAACGAGGAUGUGAACGCUGUGUUUGUGAAAGGAAAGCCACAGAGCAAAUUUAAGAACAGUGACACCAGGAAUAAAAACAAGGACAAGGAGAUGUUCACUUGCAAGAGAUGUGGUGAGCGACACAGACCAAGACAAUGUCCUGCCUUUGGAAAAACAUGUGUAAAGUGCAAAGGACAAAACCAUUUUGCCAGAAUGUGUCUCUCUAAGAAGGGACGGGGUGUGCACACAGUGCAGGAAGAAUCAGAUGACAGUGAUGAUCUGAGUGACACAUUUUUCAUAAAGAUGGUGUCACACGAUGAAGAUGUUAAGACAGUGUCUUCCAGAAUUAAUGGUUCAGAUCAGGCUGUAAAUACAGUAACAGAUGACAAAUGGACUGCUCCACUGUUAGUUAAUGGGACAAUUGUAACAUUUAGAAUUGACACUGGGGCUAGAGCUAAUUUGAUCAGUGAGAAAGAUUUAAAUGCACUGACUGAGAAGCCUAAAAAAUUCACAGAAAGAGUCACACCCCUGAAGGCUUAUAAUAAUCAGCCAAUACAGACAAAAGGUGGAUGCAGACUUAAAAUAAUGGCAAAAGGCAAACAGCAUAACCUGUUAUUCACCAUUGUGCCAAAUGGACACGAGUCUCUUUUAGGAGACAAAGCCUCUGAGGAUCUAGGUCUAGUAAAGAGGAUCUAUCAGAUUAAUACUGACAACAUUAAAGUAGUCAUGCAAGACAAAGGACAGGAACAAAAACAGUGUGAGGGAAGUGCAAACAUAGUGGAGAAGUUUUCUUCUGUCUUCAAAGGACAUGGGACUUUACCUUACACUUACAAAAUACAACUCAAAGAUGAUGCCAAGCCUGUUGUGCAUGCCCCAAGGAGAGUGCCAGCACCGCUCAGAGCUGGCUUGAAAAAAGAACUUGAAAGAAUGACUCAAAUGGCGGUCAUUGAGCGAGUGGAAGAACCCACAGAUUGGGUCAACUCAAUCACGUGUGUCCAAAAGAAGAACACAGGUGCCUUAAGAGUUUGCCUUGAUCCCAAAGAUUUGAACGAUAACAUAAAGAGAGAGCAUUAUCAAAUCCCAAAACGGGAAGAGAUCAUUAGUGAAAUGACUGGUGCUAAGUUUUUUAGUAAACUAGAUGCCUCUCACGGAUUCUGGCAACUGAGGCUUGACCCGGAAAGCAGCAAGUACACCACCUUUAACACACCAUUUGGACGUUACUGUUUCUUAAGACUCCCAUUUGGCAUUAAAUCAGCGCCAGAGAUCUUCCACAGAGCAAUGGAGUCCAUGAUAGAGGGUCUGGACGGCACCAGAGUCUACAUAGAUGACUUGGUCGUCUGGGGAAAAACACAACAACAACAUGAUGAAAGACUGGAGAAACUCUUUCAGAGAGUCAAAAAACAUGGACUAAAACUGAACAGAGACAAGUGUCUCUUUGGUGUCAAGGAGAUGAUUUUCUUGGGAGACAAAGUCACAAGUGAAGGUGUGGAACCUGACCAGUCAAAAGUGCAAGCCAUAUUGGAUAUGCCUGCCCCCACUGACAAAAAAGGUGUCCUGAGAGCCAUGGGGAUGAUCAACUUCCUGGGAAAGUUCAUCCCUAAUCUUACCUCUAAGACGGCAUGCCUCAGGGAGUUACUACAGCACAACACAGUAUUUGAAUGGACUUGUCGACAUGAGAGGGAGUGGAAAAAAUUAAAGGAAACUGUAACUACGGAGCCAGUCCUCACAUUCUUUGACCCAUCUAAACCCACAAAGAUCUCCACUGAUGCCUCAAAAGAUGGUUUGGGAGCAGCACUGCUACAGAUGAAUGAGGACAAAUGGCAACCUGUAGCAUAUGCGUCUAGGUCAAUGACAGAGACCGAGCAGCGCUAUGCUCAAAUAGAAAAAGAGACUUUGGGGUUAGUGUUUGGAUGUGGAAAGUUUCACAGUUAUGUGUAUGGACUGCCAACCUUUACAGCAGAGACCGACCACAAACCACUCAUCACAAUCAGGAAAAAGAACCUUAACGACAUGUCACCCAGAAUUCAGCGCAUGAUGAUGGCAUUGCAGCGCUACGACUUUGAACUUAUUUACACACCUGGAAAAUAUAUUGUACUGGCAGAUGCUUUAUCUCGUGCACCAGCACCAAACAGUGACAUGCUGGUCACCCCGGUGACUGAUGAGUCUGAAACACACAUAAACAUGGUGACUGCUUCUCUCCCAGCAUCAGAUGGUAUGCUACAGAAAAUUGUCCAGGAGACGGCGAAAGAUCCUCUGCUGCAGAAAGUUUCACACCAUCUACAGAAUGGAUGGUCAAGAGGAGUCUGCUCAGGGUUUUACCCUGUGCGAGCGGACUUGUGUGUGGCGGAUGGGCUGCUACUGCGACAAGACAGGAUUGUCAUCCCACAAUCCAUGCGCCAGGACAUGCUUCGGCGUAUACAUGAGGGACAUCUGGGCGUGGAGAAAUGCAAAAGGAGAGCAAGAGGAGCAGUUUAUUGGCCGGGCAUCAACAAAGACAUUGAGGAGAUGAUACAGCAGUGUGAAACGUGUCUCAAACAUCAUUACAAACAAACAAAAGAGCCGAUGCUAAUCGUAGACCCACCCACUGCACCAUGGCAAAAAGUGGGAACAGAUUUGUUUCAUCUGCAUGGCAAGGACUAUCUUCUAGUGAUAGACUAUUAUUCUAACUAUCCAGAAGUUGCACAAUUAUCCAGUACAUCAGCACAGUCUGUCAUCACACACAUGAAAGGGUUUUUUGCCAGACAUGGAAUCCCGCGAUGUGUUGUCAGUGACAAUGGUCCACAAUAUGACUGUGGGGAAUUCAGUGAGUUUGCACAGGUAUAUGGAUUUCAACAUGUCACCUCUAGCCCGUUGUAUCCACAGGCUAAUGGACAAGCUGAAAAAGGGGUGCAGAUUGUAAAGAGACUGUUGAAAAAAGCAAAAGACUGUAAAGCUGACCCUUACCUGGCUUUGCUAAGCUACAGGUCUGCAGCUCUGGAGUGUGGUGCAUCACCUGCUGAGCUACUCAUGCAUCGCAAGCUGCGCACAACACUUCCACACAUUUCAAGACACAAUGAUAACAAAAACACAGAUGGACUGACUGACAAACGAAUGAGACUCAAGUACAGACAGAAAAUGAACUAUGAUAAAACCGCAACACAACUGGAACCUCUUCGGGAAAGGGAUGUUGUGAGGAUUGAGGGUCCUGAGUCCUGGGACAGAAAAGCCAGAGUCCUCAGUGAAGUAGGUCCCAGGUCUUUUGUGGUCGAGACAGAGAAUGGACAGGUAUUAAGGAGAAACAGGAGGAGUCUGUUAAAGACUCGGGACAUUGAGAAUCAAGCUGAGGAGGUUGGAGCUGAACAGCCAGAAGGUGCUACUCCAGAUGUGCACCACAGUGAUCCUCCUUCACCUCCCUCAAUGACUGUGACACUCAGAAGGUCUACUAGACCUAGAAAGCCCCCUGGGAGGCUCAUAGAACAAGAGUGAACUGUUCAACUAAUAUAAAGUGAAAGAAAGUUGUUGGCACUAGGCACUGUUACAUUAAGAAAAAAAAAAAAAAAAGGUUCAUACUUAUGCUGUAUUUGGUAUGUUAAAUGUGUUAUUGACUUUUACAGUUGUGUAAAUGUGAAGAACAAUUUGGUAUAACUGUGUUUGGUAUGUUAAAUGUGUUAUUGACUUUUACAGUUGUGUAAAUGUGAAGAACAAUUCAGUGUUUGAUAUUCAUUGGAUUUGAUCCAGAAAAGUUAAUGGUAUGUUGUCAUCAUAUCUAGUAUGUGGGUUAGACGACAUUUUGUGUUGCACGAUAUGUUCAUGUUGUGUUUGCCUGUUUGGAAGGGGGAUGUAAUGAUAUGUGAUUGCAGACGAUCACCCACAGAGGGCUGUAUAGCCUCAAGGGAACUCUGUAUGACGUAAUGUAUGUACAGGGAGUAGAAGAAGAAUGUUAGCGGGAGACUACGGGAGUGAUUAAAAUAAACAACUAGCUGAAGCUAGUAUAAAGUUCAA